AUGGAGUAAAAUGCUGGAGAUUGCACUGCACAUAGUGCACAGCCUGGUUCUCCACUGCUUCUUCCUCUCACCAGGACCUGCUGGGACACUGCCAUGGAAGAGCAGGUGCAGGAGGAUGUGCCAGAAGUGCAGCACCCAGGAGGCCACCACCCAGUGCAGGAAGGAGAGGUGUUCAACGCACGAUACCAGGCUGUGCGCGAGCUGGGCUGCGGGGCCUUUGCCACUGUCUGGCUGUGCCAGGACAUGAGGAAGAAGAAGAAUGUAGCUGUGAAGGUCCUGAAGAGCAGGGAAGGCUUUGCUGAGGCUGCCCAGGAUGAGCUCUCUCUCCUCAAAUGUGUAAGCAGUAUGAAGAAGAAGGAUCGGGCAGGAGAAAACAUCAUCUGUUUAUUAGAUGACUUCAGAAUGAUUGGAGAGAACGGCUUCCAUACGUGCUUGGUGUUUGAGGCGCUGGGUCCUUCUCUGCAAUUCCUGAUGGGUAACUAUGCAGCCCAGGGAUUGCCUUUGCCUUUUGUGAAAAAAUCUUUACAGCAGGUGCUAGCAGGCCUGCACUUCCUGCAUGGGCGCUGCCGGAUUAUCCACGCAGACAUCAAACCAGAGAACGUGCUGCUGUACAUUCAUGACAAAAACCUCCAGAGGUUUCUGCUUGAUGCUGCUGACUGUGGCCAGAGAACAGAUUUGAGGCUAAAGGCACCAGGAGGUGACCCUGGCAAUCAACUGGAAGAUUCUGAUUUAAUGAGCAUAGAAGUGAAAAUUGCUGAUCUGGGCAGUGCAUGCUGGACAUAUAAGCCUUUUUCUAAGGAGAUACAGACCCAGCCAUACCGCGCCCUAGAAGUGCUGCUUGGAUUGGACUAUGGCACUCCUGCAGACAUCUGGAGCACAGGCUGCCUGGCAUUUGAAAUGGCAACGGGGGAGUGUCUAUUUAAUCCUCAACCUGGGAAAUAUUUCUCCAGAGAUGAUGAUCACGUUGCUCGCAUUAUUGAACUCCUGGGAAGAAUCCCUCCCCAGAUUGCUUUAUCCUGGAACAAGUCAACAACGUUUUUCAGAAGGCCAGGUGCUCUUCUGCGGAUCUCCAGGCUCAUUCCCCGCAGCCUCCACGCCAUCCUGGCGGACAGACUUAAGUGGAGAAAACACGAGGUGCCUCCAUUCACCAGUUUCCUGAUGUCGGCGCUGCGCUACGCCCCCGAGAAGCGCGCCACGGCCGCGCAGUGCCUGCAGCACGCGUGGCUCAGCACCCCGUGA